AACACAUUCGGAUCUGUGCCUCUUCCUACUGUGGAGUGUAUCAUCCCGUACUUAGUGCUCGGUGCUCGGUGUCUGGUGCUUGGUGCUACAACUUGACGAACGGUAGCGGCGUGCAGUUCGCCUUACGUACGGCCCCGUUUGCAUGUGCAAGUGCAACAUCAGUGCUGUGUCUGUGAUACAACAUUUGGGUGUUGUUUAGGAAGCUAGCGAAAAGCCCGUGUGUGUUCUUAGUGUGAUUCGUUCGUUGUUCAUCAUGAAAAUUUUCCUGCUGGCGACGCUGGUGGCGGCGUGCUCGUGCGCCCGUCUGGACAACAACUAUCUGCCUCCGCCGGGAGCAGCUUCGGCUGGAGGUGGCCCAGGACUGACGGCUCCAUCACCGGGCGGCGGUUCCCGACCGGGUGGUGCACCUGGAGGUCCGGGUGGAGCGGGAGGCUUCGGUGGUGGUCCCGGUACGGCACCGGGCGGUGGUGGAGGUUUCGGAGGCAGUGCACCGUCCGGUGCAGGAUUUGGUGGAGCUGGUCCCAGUGCUGGAGGAUUCGGAGGUCAGGCACAGCGACCGGGAGGAGUUGGAGGUGGCCCAGCGGCUGGACGUCCAGGAACGCCUGCCCCAGCUUAUGGUCCUCCGUCCGGUGGAUUCGGUGGUGGUGCUCCGUCGGCCUUCGGCGGCGGUGCUGGAGCUCCCUCGGGUGGCUUCUCGUCCAGUGGAAGUGGAUUUGGCGGAGGAUCUCCAGGAGCUGCACCAGCCGGCCCAAGCCAACCACCGAUCGAGAUCAUCUCCUACGAAAACAUGAACAAUGGCGAUGGAACAUACAAAUACAGCUACGAAACGGCCAACGGUAUCAAGGUACAGGAGCAGGGUGAGAUCAAGAACAAGGGCUCCGAGAACCAGAUCCCAAGUGUGACGGGAUCCUACUCGUACACCGCCCCGGACGGACAGGUUAUUACCGUAACGUACAUUGCGGACGAGAACGGAUUCCAGCCCCAGGGUGACCAUCUGCCAACGCCACCACCAAUUCCGGAAGAGAUCCAAAAGGGACUGGACGCGAUCGCUGCUGCUCAGGCUGCGGGUGGUGGUGCUGCCGGCGGUGGUCCAGGAGGCCCAGGAAGUGCUGGAGGAUAUCCUGGAGCUGGUGGUAAACCAUCCGGAGGCUAUCCCGGCUCGGUAACUGGAUCGGGUGGAUAUCCUUCCGGAGCUGGUGCACCAGGCGGACCUACCGGACCGGGUGCCCGUCCAGGCCAGGGAGGCUAUCCGAGUGGACCGGCCGGUGGAGCUGCUGGCUAUCCUGCCGCUGGAGGUCCUGCCGGUCCCGCUGGCUAUCCGUCCGGUGGUCCCGGAGCACCUGCCGCCCCCCGUCCCAGCGCACCCGGAAGACCGUCGGGCAAUGGGUCGUUUAACCCGCAGUCCGGUUACCAGUAUUAAAACAGCCAGCCCUUUAUCACAUUAAGCCCGCAAACAUCAGAUGCACAAGUGCAUUUAAACAGAAAAAGAAACGCAAAAAAACAGGAAACAAACGAAAUCGAAAGGAGGUUCACUCGCUGUAAAUAAGGUGAAAUGGUGAACGGUUGUAAUAAAGAGAGAAAAGUGAAAACUUAAA